AUGCGACAACGGCUGGUGAACGUGACCAGCCACGACGGAGACGCGUCCUCGCCCACAUCCGAAGAGGAAGACGACGACGACUCGGAGGAGGAGAAGUACCUGAAGGUACCUUUGGAGUUCCUGCCCCCCCGGAACGAGCCGGUCCCGGUGCUGGGGACGCUGAAGAAGCCCCUCGAGAUCACCGGACCCUCAGGCUUCGGCGUCCUCUCGGGCAAGACCGAGCUUCACCCGAACGGGAGUCUUCACUUCCACCCCGACGAAGACCUCGCUUCGGAGGGAUUCCUCACGGUGGUGAGCGUGGUGACGACGAUCCGAUCCGUGAUCGGCGGGGUACCGGCUUCUCUCCCGUCGACGAAAGACGAGGACACCCAGCUCCUCCCGAGGGAUUCCCCCGAGAAACGCGGAGAGGGAUCCACGCCGGAUCCGGUCGCGACCGCGACCGCGACGACGGUCGAGUCGAGCGAUAAGGAAACGACGAGGAUUUCCACCUCGACCUCUCGGACGCAGGCAUUAAUACCGUGGACGAUCGAGGAGUCUCUCCCGACGACGAUCGGACCGACGGAAACGACACCGGCAGCAGUAACAAUUACGAGCGAGGCAUCACCCGAGUCGAAAAGCGGAGGACGAGCGUUGGCAGAGAGGAUCCAGACAUCGCUAAACCUCUUGGAAGUCCCUCUAGAGAAAGAAAUUCGGACCGCAUCGGACGCGACGAAAGACACGGCGAGCCUCUCGACGCAGACGUCAACGGCGCCAGCGGUCCAGACCGAGGAGGAGAGUCUCCGACCCACGACGCCGGGAUCUCCGACCCCAGGGACCGAAGCCCCAUCCUCGUCUCCGAAGGACGAGAACGGGCGAGAGGAGUCGACGACCCUUUCCAUUGGAGACGUCAAAUUUGAACAGUUUGAGACCGAACGACUGCCCCCAUUCGUAGAGGAGAGUGACCGAGAGACGAGUACCGUGUCUCAGGGAGAGACGAUGUCCCAUGGAGCUGAGACGGGGCGAGAGGAGACUAGAAGCACCUCCCUCGAAGGUGCGCAUUUCCAAGAGAUGGGAACCAAAUCCCCAUCCCUGUUCGAAAAGGACGAGAGCGGGCGAGAGGAGACGACGACCACGUCACUGGGAGACAUCAAAUUCGAACAGGUGGAGACCGAACGACCACCCCUAUUCGUAGAGGUGAGUGACCAACCGCCCCCAUUCGUAGAGGAGAGUGACCUAGAGACGAGUACCAUGUCUUUGGGAGAGACGAUGUCCCAUGGAGCUGAGACGGGGCGAGAGGAGACUAGAAGCACCUCCCUCGAAGGUGCGCAAUUCCACGAGAUGGGAACCGAAUCCCCGUCCCUGUUCGAAAAGGACGAGAGCGGGCGAGAGGAGACGACGACCAUGUCACUGGGAGACAUCAAAUUCGAACAGGUGGAGACCGAACCACCAUCCCCGUCUCCAAUGAACGAGAAUGGACGAGAGGAGACGACGACCCUUUCCAUUGGAGACGUCAAAUUUGAGGAAGUCGAGACCGAACAACCGUUCGUGAAGGAUGGGAGUGGGCGCGAGGAGACAAAAACUUUCCCUGAAGGUGCGGGAUUCCAAGAUAUGGGGAACGGACCCCCAUCCCCAUUAGUGAAGGACGAGAGCGGGCGAGAGGAGACGACGACGCCCGUGUCCCCGGGAGGCAUCGAAUUCGAACAGGUGGAGACCGAAUCCCCAUCCCCGUUCCCCCCCGACCCCGUCUCGUCACCGGAUGAGAGUGGGAAAGAGGUGACGACAACCGUUUCCUCGGGAGACGUCAAAUUCGAACAAGCGGAGACGGAAAAACUACCCCUAGUCCCGAAGGAUGAGAGCGGACAAAGGGAGACGACGACCGCAUCCCCGGUAGACGAAAAAUUUCAGGAGACCGAACCACCCCCCUCCUUCCAAAAGGAGAGUGGGCGAGAGGAGACAAGAAGCGCCUCCCUCGAAGGAGCGGAAUUCCGAGAGACGGAAUCCCACCCACUGACUCUAAAGGAUGAGAGCGGAAGAGAGGAGACGACGACCAUGUCCCUGGGAGACGUCAAGUUUCAAGGAUCUCUCGAGACGGCGACCCCCAGCGAUCUCCACGAAUCGGUUUCAACCGCUCGAGCGCAGCCGCCAUCGACGCAAACGGCAACAGAAAGCUCGACUACGAGAACACGACCACCUACGUCCACGUCGACGGUAGAAUCGACAUCGCCGACCCAAACGGAAACGACGAAUCCAGCGGUGCCGGACGAAUCGACAUCGCCGACCCAAACAGAAACGACGAAUCCAGCGGUGCCGGACGAAUCGACAUCGCCGACCCAAACGGAAACGACGAAUCCAGCGGUGCCGGACGAAUCGACAUCGCCGAUCCAAACGGAAACGACGAAUCCAGCGGUGCCGGACGAAUCGACAUCGCCGAUCCAAACGGAAACGACGAAUCCAGCGGUGCCGGACGAAUCGGUCGCCAGAGACGAAACCCAGAAUUCGGAGCAGACGACCGCCGAGUCGGCUACAACGAGCACCACUCUACCGGAUUCCGAGGCGUCGGACUGGGUUCGAGUCGUCCAUCUUCACGGCCCGACGGUAGAAACGUCGGCACCGACCGAAAGCGACGGAAACCACCCCAGAGCGACCACCACCACCACCGGAGCGACCACCACUACCACCGGAGCGACCACCACCACCGGAGCGACCACCACUACCACCGGAGCGACCACCACUACCACCGGAGCUCCCCCGAUCCCACCCCCCGAACGCUUCCUAGAAACCCUCUCCGAGAUGGGAAGCGCACGAAUCUUGAAGGCCCUCCUACAGGUGCUGAGACGAAACGCAACCGUCCCAGAACCCCAACCUCAGACGAAGGAGGUCGUCGACCGAAUCUGCUUCCCCCCCGUCCCCGGCUGUCCCUCCGUCCCCCGCUCCCGCAUUCCCGUCUCCUUCGCCUUCCUCGGCUCGUCCUCCGCUCCCCACCAGAACUCCCGUUUCCACCCUUUCCUCUGA